AUGAACAUCGAGUUUGGUGUUUUCAGUGGAUGUGAACGUUUUUCAACUAUUCCAUACUUCAAGUCAGAAUUCAUGAUAGUCGAGAACGGUGCAUUGUAUUCAUUCGAUCGAAGUGAGUUGUAUGUUUUCCCACCCGCAUCUCCAUACAGUUUCCUUUCUCUUCCAGACAAACUUCGAUCCAUCGGCCAGAGUUCAUUCAUUGGUUGCAAAAAUCUCGACAGCAUCCUUAUUCCAGACAACUUAGUUCGUUCUAUUGGUAAGAGUGCAUUUGCAUACUGCAUUAACUUUCGCAUGAUCAACAUCCCAUCCUGCAUCGAAUCUAUUGGAUCUGAUGCAUUCAUUGGGUGUUGUCGUCUUCACUGUGGUCUUUCAAUCCAAAACCGUACUAAAACAUUCAUUUCUACACUUAUUUCAAGUGGUCUUCCUAUUACAUGCAUUCGUAACUGUUCAUCAUACACAUGCAGGAUGAUCCACUACAACAAAGAUCUCCAUCUUUCAUAUCUAUUUCCUAUUAUUAUCAUGUAA